AACAAAGUGCUGUUAUUAUCUUACUAUUAAAUAAACAAUAUUCAAUUUAUUCAGUAAUUAAUAUCAAUAAAUGUGAGUUUUUCAGUAAUCGGUUUGGGAAAUUAGAAGUUUUAUUUGAUUUGAAAAAAUCCCAGAUUGAAAAUGAUCAGAACACUUCCAUGGAGCGGGGGAACGGAUGAGGAAUAUGAAACACAGCUCUUUAGUUUUGGAGCACAAAGAUUGAAAAUUGCAACACGACAAAUGAUAGAACAGAAAAUAACAUUAGGAAUAAAGGAUAUGGAGGCUUACUUGCGCGAGUCCUUAGAUUUGAAUGAAACUGAUAAAUCAACAUUAACGAAAGCGUGUGAUAAAUUGGUGCGCCUUUAUUGUGAAAGGGCUAGUCCUUCAUUAGAAGUAAUAGAUUGUGAAAUUGAACGAAUUUUAAAAGUGCCUGAAAAUGUUCUCUUACCGGGAGAUGAAUGUCAGGUCGAACAAAUGACAGACGCAAAUUAUGCACAAUUAAAAGACGAAGUUGCAUUGCUUAGAAAACGUGUAGAAAGAGGAGCAUUAAUGGAAGCUUUAUUAACUGCAGAAGAAGAGGAAUUAUGUACUGUGGAAAAGGUUUGUGAAUCAGCAAAAAAAGACAUGGAAGCAUUGGAUCUUGUAUUUAAAAAUGCGGAUAAUAGUGAGUCGUUGAAACAAAUUCAAAAUGAAACACGAUUUCUGUGUGCAAGUACAUCAUUUAUGAAAGAAAACGAUAAUAAUAUUUUUAAAUGAUAUAAAGUGUUAAUAAAGCAUGCUGUCAUUAACUUGUGUGGCUAUGUUGUCAAGGUUUGCUUGAACUUUGCUAUUCCACAACUUCAUCCUUUUUGAUGAAGAAAAGACUAAUGCAAGAUCUAAAAAAUAUUUGUUUUGACCAAAUUUUACCAAUUUAUUAUACUAUGUGGAGAAAUAUAAGAACACAGAAUUUUUUGUGGUUAUUGUCAGUAAAUGUUAUGUUUAAAGUAGGUAUGGAUAUUCUUACGUACGGAUAAUAUUGAGCUGAUUUAUACUACAUAUGUAUAGUAGGUAUAUAUUAUAGAAAAUAUGUUAAAAUAAAAUAGCACACAACAGUCAGGUUUAUUUAAUUGUAAAAACAAAA